CGGAAGCGCGUCCGGAGAUUGGCGUCGAUCUCUGCGCGCGGGGGCUCCUGGGUGGUGUGGGGCCUCUCCGCCUGUUCUGCCUUUGGUUCCAGGCAGUUUCUAGGACUAGGGAAACCGCACUCGGGGACGCGGGGAACGGGGGAACGUGUCGGGUUGGGGCGGCGCGCUCCGGGGUACCGGGGAUUUUCCGAGCGCCCACCUGGCGGGACGCGGCAGUGAGCUCUGCCCACCGCCUCCGCGCCGCCCCUGGGGCUGCUGGGGUUCGGGCCUCCUUUGAGAGUCGUGGGAACGUGGUGCCGGGUUGUGGGGCAGUAGCAGGGCUGAGGGGUUGAUUGAUCCUGGGAAGUCCUCAGGAUGUGUGUGUUUCAUGGGAAGUGAUAGAAAUUUUAGCUGUAGUAAGAUUUUCAUGAUCGUUUCCACCGUUUUCUGUGAGCUGUAAAUGUGUAGUGUUUUCAUAUUGUUUAUUUACUUUUUCAGAUAACUUGUCGAGUACCUGUUUUGUGCCAGAGCCGUUCUGGGCGGUUCAUUCACCAAAAGCCAGUAUUUUGGUUUGGGUUUCAGUUUAAAUCUGUCUCCACAAAUUGACAGCCCACCAGUUUUAGCCAUUAGAUGAGUAUGGAAAAAAAAAUCUUUUCACUGUUACAUGCCUUGAAGGGAUGAGGAGGUUUCUGUUACUAUAUGCUACACAGCAGGGACAGGCAAAGGCCAUCGCGGAAGAAAUAUGUGAGCAAGCUGUGGUCCAUGGAUUUUCUGCAGAUCUGCACUGUAUUAGUGAAUCCAGUAAGUACGAUCUAAAAACCGAAACAGCUCCUCUUGUUGUUGUGGUUUCUACCACGGGCACCGGAGAUCCACCCGACACAGCCCGCAAGUUUGUUAAGGAAAUACAGAACCAAACACUGCCGGUUGAUUUCUUUGCUCACCUGCGGUAUGGGUUGCUGGGUCUCGGUGAUUCAGAGUACACCUACUUUUGCAAUGGGGGGAAAAUAAUUGAUAAACGACUUCAAGAGCUUGGAGCCCGGCAUUUCUAUGACACUGGACAUGCAGAUGACUGUGUAGGUUUAGAACUUGUGGUUGAGCCAUGGAUUGCUGGACUCUGGCCGGCCCUCAGAGAGCAUUUUAGGUCAAGCAGAGGACAAGAGGAGAUAAGUGGCACAGCCCCGGUGGCGUCACCUGCGUCCUCGAGGACAGACCUUGUGAAGUCAGAGUUGCUACACAUUGAAUCACAAGUCGAGCUUCUGAGAUUCGAUGAUUCAGGAAGAAAGGAUUCUGAGGUUUUGAAGCAAAAUGCAGUGAACAGCAACCAAUCCAAUGUUUUAAUUGAAGACUUUGAGUCCUCACUUACCCGUUCGGUACCCCCACUCUCACAAGCCUCUCUGAAUGUUCCUGCUUUACCCCCAGAAUAUUUGCAGGUACAUCUGCAGGAGUCUCUUGGCCAGGAGGAAAGCCAAGCAUCUGUGACUUCAGCAGAUCCAAUUUUUCAAGUUCCAAUUUCAAAGGCAGUUCAACUUACUACGAACGAUGCCAUAAAAACCACUCUGCUGGUAGAAUUGGACAUUUCAAAAACAGACUUUUCCUAUCAGCCUGGAGAUGCCUUCAGCGUAAUCUGUCCUAACAGUGAUUCUGAGGUACAAAGCCUACUCCAAAGAUUGCAGCUUGAAGAUAAGAGAGAGCACUACGUCUUUUUGAAAAUAAAGACAGACACAAAGAAGAAAGGAGCUGCCUUACCCCAGCAUAUACCUGCGAGGUGUUCUCUCCAGUUCAUUUUUACCUGGUGUCUUGAAAUCCGAGCAAUUCCUAAAAAGGCAUUUUUGCGAGCCCUUGUGGACUAUACCAGUGACAGUGCUGAAAAGCGCAGGCUACAGGAGCUGUGCAGCAAACAAGGGGCAGCCGAUUAUAGCCGCUUUGUACGAGAUGCCUGCGCCUGCUUGUUGGAUCUCCUCCUCGCUUUCCCUUCUUGCCAGCCACCGCUCAGUCUCCUGCUUGAACAUCUUCCUAAACUCCAACCCAGACCAUAUUCGUGUGCAAGCUCAAGUUUAUUUCACCCAGGGAAGCUCCAUUUUGUCUUCAACGUUGUGGAAUUUCUGUCUACUGCCCCAACAGAGGUUCUGCGGAAGGGAGUGUGCACAGGCUGGCUGGCCUUGUUGGUUGCUUCCGUUCUUCAGCCAAACACACAUGCAUCCCAUGAAGACAGCAGGAAAGCCGUGGCUCCUAAGAUAUCCAUCUCUCCUCGAACAACAAAUUAUUUCCACUUACCAAAUGACCCCUCAAUCCCCAUCAUAAUGGUGGGUCCAGGAACUGGCAUAGCACCGUUUAUUGGGUUCCUACAACAUAGAGAGAAACUCCAAGAACAACACCCAGAUGGAAAUUUUGGAGCAGUGUGGUUGUUUUUUGGCUGCAGGCAUAAGGAUAGGGAUUAUCUAUUCAGAAAAGAGCUCAGACAUUUCCUUAAGCAUGGAAUCUUAACUCAUCUAAAGGUUUCCUUCUCAAGAGAUGCUCCUGUUGGGGAGGAGGAAGCCACAGCAAAGUAUGUGCAAGACAACAUCCAGCUUCAUGGCCAGGAGGUGGUGAGAAUCCUUCUCCACGAGAACGGCUGUAUUUAUGUGUGUGGAGAUGCUAAGAAUAUGGCCAAGGAUGUACAUGAUGCCCUUGUGGAAAUAAUAAGCAAAGAGAUUGGAGUUGAAAAACUAGAAGCAAUGAAAACCCUGGCCACUUUAAAAGAAGAAAAACGCUAUCUUCAGGAUAUUUGGUCAUAAAACCAGAAAUUAAAGAGAAUUAAGCUUUUUUGACUGAAAGUACUAGAAGACAGUUUUACUAGUGCCAGGACUUUAAAUUUUCAAAAGAAAAUUUUCUUUUAGCAUUUCUUGGAGGAGAUGGAGUGGGGAUUGGAUUAUUUAACAAUAUAACAAAACUUCCUGAUUUGAUUUUACACGUCUUCCAUCUAUGCCCUUCCUGUGCCUGUGACUCUCCCCGAACUGCCCUGUUGCCUGUGGGCUCUCCUGAGCUGAGGCCGCCUUCAGUCCCAUCAGUGCCUCCUUGACUUCCCGGAGAACUUCACAGAGACUCUGUCCUUCCAUGCAAAGGCUUCCUGAAAUAGGGAGACUGACUGAGUAGCUCAUUCGUGUGAACUUACAGUGCCAACAUUUAAAAAAAUAUGAAAAUGAUUUAUUUUUGUAUGAUGUAUACCCGUAAAGAAUGCUCAUAUUAAUGUACUUAAAUUACACAUGUAGAGCACAUCUGUUAUAUGUUUAUAUAACUAUCAAAUGGUUAUUUGUUACUAAAGCUAUAUUUCUGAUAAAAAAUAUUUUAGGAUAGUUGCCUACAAAGGGAUUUAUUUUCAUGAUGCUGGAAAUAUGAAAUGUAUUUUAAAAUUUCACUCUGACAUAUGAUUUAUCUAUCACCAUUACUUUUUUUUAAGUCACAAUUUCAGAAUUUGGGAACAUUUACAUUCAAUUUACAGGUACCAGAACGUACAUAGUUUAGUAAAAAGAUACAGCCUUUUUCUUCUCUUUUCAAACUUCUUUUAUUUCUGCUGCUUGGCACAGUUUUGGGUUUUCCCACACUCUUUAUCUUGAUACCACUCGAGCUGUGUCCUGUACCUAAAAUACUGACUUGAGGAGUAUCCUUGUAUUUUUAGAUUCCCAGUGUCUAAUUCUCUGUUAUAAUUUGCCCAAACAAAACAAAAUAACAAAGGAUUAUGAUAACUUUUUUCCACUGUUCUAGUAUAUAUUGUAUUUUUAUUUGAUAGCUUGGCAUUUAAAAAAUUUCUGUUGAAGGCUUUUGAUCCUUUUGAGAAAUAAAGAUCUGAAAGAAAUGGCAUAAUCUUAAAA